AUGACGCAAAAUGAGGAAGUGAACUUUGUACUAGGUGUUAGCAAAUGUUGUUAGCGUAUAUGUUUUUUAUUUAUUUUAUUUUUUUUACCGUGGAGGAGGCACCUCGUGUAAUAAUACAGACUUAGAAAGUGGAACCAAAGAUACUGAACCAAAGAUGACUGAACCUUCACGUGCGAGCUCAAGUUUCACGACCUGGAUGGCACAGUUGGGUGCCAUUGCCUCAAUAAUCUGUGCGAUUGGUGGCGCUGCUCUCUUCGCCUCUGUUCACAAGAUUGAGGAGGGACACACUGGAGUUUACUACAGGGGAGGAGCUCUCCUGACCACCACCAGUAACCCUGGGUUCCACCUCAUGAUGCCUUUCAUCACUAACUUCAAGUCUGUGCAGACCACUCUACAAACAGAUGAAGUGAAGAAUGUACCAUGUGGCACAAGUGGGGGAGUGAUGAUUUACUUUGACCGGAUAGAAGUGGUGAACUACCUGGUGCCCUCAGCAGUUUAUGAUAUAGUGAGGAACUUCACAGCGGAUUACGACAAGGCCCUGAUAUUCAACAAGGUUCACCAUGAGCUCAACCAGUUCUGCAGCGUCCACUCUCUACAGGAGGUCUACAUCGGCUUGUUCGACCAGAUAGAUGAAAACCUGAAGCUGACCUUACAGGAGGAUCUGACCUGCAUGGCUCCUGGACUCAUCAUACAGGCAGUCCGAGUCACAAAGCCCAACAUUCCUGAGAGCAUUCGGAGGAACUACGAGAUGAUGGAGGCUGAGAAGACAAAGCUUCUGAUUUCUGCUCAGACUCAGAAGGUGGUGGAGAAGGAAGCGGAGACAGAGCGGAAGAGGGCUGUGAUCGAGGCAGAGAAGUUAGCUCAAGUGGCUGAAAUCAAGUUUAGCCAGAAAGUCAUGGAGAAAGAAACAGAGAAAAGGAUCUCUGAAAUUGAAGACGGAGCAUUCUUGGCUAAGAUGAAGGCCAGGGCCGAUGCAGAGUUCUACACAGCAGAGAGAGCGGCCGAGGCCAAUAAGUUGAAGCUGACGCCAGAGUAUCUGCAGCUUAUGAAGUUCCAGGCCAUAGCAGCUAACAGUAAGAUCUACUUUGGGAGUAAGAUCCCCCAGAUGUUUGUUGACUCUGGCUCCUCCUCCACUAAGGCCUCUGAUGCCAUGGACGACCUAACUGAACAGAUCCAAGACCUAGACUGAUGGAAAGGAGAAGAGAAGAGACUCAUCCCAGGGCUGGAGCUGUGGAGCUGGGCCCAUGCUAGCCACAAGGUGGGGUGAAAGAUGAGCCUUGGGUUAUGUGUCCCAAAUAGCACCCUGUUCCCUAUAUAGUGCACUACUAUUUUUGAAGUAUCUGGCCAGUGAAAAUCUUAGUUUUAAAAGUGAAUAUUCUGUUAACUCAUACCAAAAUGUUUUUACUUGUCUUAUUCAUAUUUGUGGCCAAAGAACUUUAUACUUUUAAAAAUGUUUUAAAAAAACACUUCAAAAACCCCACCUCAAACAGUCCGUUUAAAAAAAAUUAAAAACAAAACAUGAUGUCAUGUUGGCUUAUUGGCUGAGCUGGCCAAUGAGCGGUCUACUAGCAUGAAUAUUUUUAAUGACCAGUAUAUGGCCACACCAUUCUGUUGGGUUAUGCCCACACCAUACAAACACAUGAUAGCUGCUUUCUAACCUACUUAAUUGCCAUUUUUUGGGAAGGAAAACUAUUUCACUCGUGUUAUUAAUUCUAGGUCAUAUUUCAUAGAAGUCUGGUCCACAGAUACUUUAAAGAGGCAAUCAGCAGUUGCUACAUUCAUUUUUGGAGUUAUACAUUAAUGAUAUGUACCUUAUUGAAGAAUAUAACUUAUAAAUGCCCCAUGAGCUUAGGUCAGCUGCCAUACCCCAUCAGAACCCCAAAUAUAUGCUUGUUUUACUCCAGUGUUUGUUAACAAAGUAAAUGUAAACAAACACUAUAUAGCCUCAACAUGACCCAUAGCUCUGUUUAUUCAUUUUAGUGGUUACAUUCUUCCAGCACCAUCCCUCAUCUUUUUACCAAACAUUACAUUUUUGUUCUACCACUGAUUGCCUUUUUAAAGCGCAACUGAAGGCAAACAACUUCUCGGAUUAGAAAAUGGCAUAUGUGGCAUCUAUAUUAGUCAAACAUUUAUUCUAGUGUCAAAAUGUACUACAAAGUGUAAAUAGGAUAAUUUUGUUCAUAAAGUCAGUCUUGUCCAAAACUGAGUUUUUAGUGAGUUCUUCAUGACUUACUUGACGGUUGGGUUUUGAUUUCAACAACGCUCACUUGGCCACUAACACAGGGUUACAGCUGGGGUGAUUGCCUCUAUCCACUCCUACUGCAGAACACCCAGACAGUGAGACAUACCUGCCCAUUAGCAGGUAACCCGGGACCGGUUUAAAAAAUGAAUGGAAGUAUGGAGGUGGUUUUGUGCCUACAAAAAAAGGGGUUAAAUAUGUGUCCAAAAAAACCCAAAAUAUUUCCUGAUCUCUCUUAUAUCUCCUAGAUAUAGGACAGACUCUUCAAAACCUUAUUCCUUAUGAUUUCCCGUCUUUUUUGUCAAUUUAUGAAUGUGUUAUUCAUGGCAUUUCUAAAGCCCAAAUUAAAUAUUUAAUCCAAUUUUUGUAUAUCUUUUUUUGAUACCUACAGGGGCCUAAAAUUCAAAAUCAAAUAGCUAACUGAUCCAUGGUUUGACCAAUUCCAGGUCAGCUUCGUAGAACCCCUACCCAUAAGUGCACUACUACCCAUAAGGCUCUGGUCAAAAAUAGUACACUAUAUAGGGAAUAGGGUGCCUUUUGGGAUGCUACCCUGGACCGGAGGUUUUACUAGCCCUACAACAGACCGUAGGCGAAACAAUGAUAUCUUGAAUGUAACAGUGUGGUUUGGGACAUUUUAAACAUUAAUUGAACUUUUGCAAGUGUAUGGUGUAUGUUUUGUGACUUCAUUUAAUUGGUAGCGCUUUCAUGUCUUUUCUAUGUGUUGCAUAGCUUAUAAUACAGUAAGUGUGCGAGAGAUGUGUGCAGAGAUAUAGUUGUGUAUGAUUAACUACAUUUAUUAAUGAUUCAUUUACUUAAUCAUACACAAUACAUUGUUUGGAAUACCUUGUUUCUUGAUACAGAUCCCUCUCCCAUAUGAAUUGGCUGAGUGUCUUCACCUUAUCUCACCCGGAUCGUCUCACAAUAGCAGAUGUAACAGAUCUUAACUAGCCCACUGAAUGAACAUGACUUUACCUCUGUUUCAGAGAGUGAGCAUUGAUGUUCAAUCGUUUUUUGACUCAAGAAAAGUCAAGGUUGACUUGUUUUCUAUCAAUUAUCUGUAAUUAUGCUGGGCAAAAGGCCAUUAUAUUCAUGUCUGCUCUUGAGAGAGUGUCCUAGACACAACAGAGAGUAUCUGUUAGAAUUGAGAUGUUGGGAAACCAGCUUCUCCUCGAGUGGGAACAUUGUCCCAUGCUGGAACAGAGAGAGCAAUGGCUUCUCUGUCAGUAGUAGUCAUAGUAUGAGGGAUACAGAUGAACAACUCUGAUAACGACAACUUGACAAACAACACUACACUCAAAGCAUGUUCUACUAGUGGUGUUUGACGGUUGGUCUCGUGCUUUGCCACUCGUUUUAAACCAUUACAUUUUAUUUUCUGGUAUUGACUACAAAUGUUGUAGGAAUGUUAUUGAACUACACAGAUGGAUAUAUUUUUUGAAACUGAGGCAGACUUUGGGCUGAAACUCUCCUGGUUUUGCUUGGGAAGGAAGGGGAAGGGGGGUGACAUUAGAAAAGGGUUCGGGACUCACUAUAAAAGUAUUAUAAAUUAUCUUCAGCAUCAAAUCUUCCUGGGAAUUUGGGAUUUGUGACAUUAUCUAAUUGUACAUUAUACAAAAAGUUCUACAUGCAAUACAAGCCUCACACUCAUUAAUGAACCAUCUUAACCCUCUGCUAUUGCCUAUCCCCAUGAUUUGGUGAAGGGGUGAUACCAACCAAAUCCAAUUUGAUUGGUAACAUACACAUAUUUAGCAGAUGUUAUUGCAGGUGUAGUGAUAUGCUUGUGUUCCUAGAUCCAACAGUGCAGUAGUAUCUUAACAAUUCACAACAAUACACACAUCUAAAAGUAAAAGAAUGGAAUUAAGAAAUAAAUAAAUAUUAGGGUGACCAAUGUCAGAGUGACAUUGACUAAAUAGAAUACGGGAGAAUAGAAUACAGUAUAUACAUAUGAAAUUAGUAAAGCAGUAUGUAAACCGUAUUAAAGUGACCAUGUCUAUGUACAUAGGGCAGCAGCCUCGUAAGGUGCAGGGUUGAGUAACUGGGCGGAAGCUGGCCAGAGAGCGCUAUUUAACAGUCUGAUGCCCUGUCCAACCACUCCCAGUUCAGUAUUCAAUAAAAAAAUAAAAAAUAGCAACUUUUGUCGUUAUCUGCUAGGCAUUUCAUACAGGCUCUACAUGGAAACCAUUUUUUUCCUGACAUUGAGAGCAUUACAUGGUGCAUGUUUUAACGGUACAUUUUAUCGCCUGCGUCUCGUCUGCGGUUCAUGACAGAUCAUGUCCAUAUAUAUUAAUUUCGUCAUUGUGACGCAUGUUCGCUGAAUAUUGGACCAGGCCUCUUGUUAUUUUCCAAAUAAAAUCUCUCUUGUCAUCUUCCAUGGAAAAAAAUGGUGGAAAGAAAAAAACAAUAGUUGUUUUUCUUAUUAAAGUGAUUUAUUUACAUAAAAGCAAACAAAAGCUGACUUGUCUUAGUCAUUCAUAUUGGAAGGAUGAGUCAAUGGUAUAAACAUGUAAUGGGGUUUUCAUGAAAGAUGCAACUGCAGAUUUUUGACUAUUUCACACACUGGUGCCCUCAGUGUCGUGUUGGACUGAGUUCAUUUGGGGUGAAUCAUUUGUAUGUUUUUCACCAACGCUUUGACUAAAGCAAUGACUUGUUUGAGAGGCAAUAUCCAUUAAACUGUUCUCUCAAUGUAACACUGGUUUGUUCUGGCUGUGUAAACUGUUUGUUCGACUCUCUCAGGUUGACUUGACUGAUUAUGACUUGAAGGAGACUCUUUUGCACUCGCUCACUGAUGUUAUUGUGAAUCAGAAAUCCAUUUUGUGAUUUACACGAUUAAAUGUUUAUAUUUGAUAACGAGGUA